AUCCGACCCAAUCGAAACACGGACUCGAUUCCAAUCUCGAUCUUGACGAAAGCGGUUGUAGACGGCGACGAAAAGCCCAUAGACGUCGAUGGCUUCCCUGACCUUGGACAACGCCCUCCUCUCCCUCGUGGGCCUUCUUCUCCCCCUCCGGCUCCUCCCCCUGGGUUACCGUCUCCUCCUCCGAGGAAGAGGAAGAUGGCGCGGCCUCGGCCGGUCCGGAUCGGCCCGAUCCAUCGUCCUCCUCGCCUCCUCUGCUGUCCUGCUCACCGCCAUCUUGGGGAUCUCCGACACCUCGCCCUCCGGAAGUGGUGCCCUGAUCUCCGAGAUGGAGGACCUGAGGCUCAAGACUGCUCGAUUAGAAUCGAUUCUAGAAGAGAGUAUGGAAACCAUAAAUUCCAAAGAAGUUCAUUUAGAAGAGAAGUAUAAGCUAAUUGGGGAGAUGGAAGAGAAAAUCCAACUUCUACAGAAUGCUCUACAUGAAAUUAAGGGAUCAGUUAGUGACUUAUUAAAAGCUGAAGACCGGAUUAGUGCUCUGGAAGAAGAGGUUCAACUUCUAUUGGAGCAGUCAAUGAAGAAUGAGAAUAACAUCCAGACUUUAGAGUCAUCAGCAGAUGAUGCAAGCCAAAAAAUUGAGGUCACAGAUUAUGAGAUCAAAAAGAUGGACAGUAUUGUUACAGAACAAUGGAUUCAAAUACGGCAAUUAGAGCAGGCAUUUCAAUUAACAAAGAUGAUGACAUCAAAGGUUCUUAGAAGAAGUCUACAAAAAGAUAUGAACAGAAGUAGAAGGCCUAGCAAGUUUGCCAUGAGCAAGGUUGUGCGAUUCAUCAGGGGCAUUUGUCGAUUUCAUCUCUCAGAAGUUAAUCUACCUGAUUCAUUCUUUCUGAGGGCUUCUUUUUCAAAAUCUUCUAUAUCUCAAGCAUACAAUCAGCUCAAACUCCUGAUGUCAGUUGCUCAAGAAUUUCACUAUGAGCUACAAGGUUUUAUUAAACAUGAGAUGAAAAUGCAUGAGCUCACUGCAGGUCUUGCCAACAAUUUGGUCAUCUUUAUUCUGGCUUCAACUUUGAUGAUUGCACCCAUAAUUUUUGCUUGGAAUGUCUCUUCAUCAUGCUUCAGCUUAUUGAAAAGAUGACACUUGUCGAUUUAGCAAGCAGAGAUGAAGGUCCACCUUUUGUAAAACUAGUAUAUAGUUGUGUAUGUACUUCCCUUAGUGAGCAAGUUGUUUUUGUGUUGCAUAAAAUGCCUUUAUGUGAGUAGGCAUCGUUCUUAGCUGUACAUGGGGUUGAAUCUUGGAUUAAAUUCUCAAUUUCGAACAUUUUACUCACUCA